GGACACGGCUAACUCCAUUUUGGAAAAACAGCUGGUCAAAGACACAACCUUUCCCCGUUGUUUGGCGAUGAUUCCCGAGGAGAGACGAGGAGACUACGGCGCGCACUGCUCCAACUGAGAACAGCGGCGUUUACGGAGCGUUGGCGGUGACUCGGGAGCGCAUCGCUUUGUCCUUGCGGUUUGAAACUUCUCCGGGGGAACGUUUGCUGUUCAAUUUCCAUUAUAACAAGUGGAUGAAAAGAGGAGGCGACCCGAUCAAGGUGUAAUGGUGUCUGUGGCCGUGUGCAGAUGAUGGAUGUUGAGGCGUCCUACUCAGAGUUCAUUACGUGCGAUCGUACGGGCCGAAGAAACGCGGUGCCCGACAUCGCCGGGGAGGGCGCGGUCGUGGCCAGCACCAGCCAGCUCAGCCAGGACCUGGAGGGCAUGGACCUCAAGAGCAAAGGAGAGGAGCCGGGCACCUCUCCAGCCCCUGCCGCUGAGGGCUCCUCCGGCUCAGACGCCCAGGACAGCGGGGGCCCCUCUUAAACUGGCCUGGGUCUGAAUGGAGAGGCUUUACACCCCAGGCAUUUGAACAUGGACAGACUCAAGAUGUCCUCAGACUAGCAGACCACCUCGCUCACUGCCAGCUCACGAUUGCCUCAUGUGCAACUCCAACGGCGUUUAAGGAACCGGAUUGUAAAGAGUUGAAAUGAGUCGUACAAAAGGGGCGGUCACAGUAAUAUUUCCCAUCCCAGCGAGUAGAUUUGAGUUUUUAGAGACUUGAAACAAAGACUCUAAACCUGCUCAGAUUUGGAGAUAGCGUCAUAAUCAUUGGUUUUGUCAUUCUCGUGUCCGUGUGCGUGCUGUGUGCUCCCUGUUCACUGUCCCAUACCUGUACUUUAUUUUCUCUAUCUUAGUUACCAUUUUAAUGUUGUGUACGGACUUCAUAUUUAUUGCUAAAUGUUUGGUGAUAACUUUGUGAUAGCAUUUUUCUUUGUGUAAUAAAAGACGUAUGAA